ACUAGAAACUAGACAAAAAUACUGGUAAUAUUUUGUGUUUUUGCUGCGUAAAUGAAGAGCACACCUACCACUUUUGUUUGACUAAUAAACACUUAAGAAAACUCUGAUUUUUCCAGUCAAAUCCAUGACGACCAUUAAUGUUUAUGUUUGCUGAGCAGAGGCAGAAGUAAAGUUUAGAGGACAGGGAGGAGAAAUGAGGAUCGAAGUGAAAAUGGGACCAUUUGGCCAAAGGUGUGAAGUCCGACACACCUAUUUAACCGAACCGGCCGGGGCUGAGGGCUCUUACAGCGAAGACCGGCGACAGAAACACAGACUGACGACGAGCAAGAAGCAAAAUUAACAACUUUGAAACUGAUUUUAGAGGAAAAAGGGAAAAGCCAGCUGAAGAAGUGAAGUUAUUUGCUGUAAAUGAGGAGGACAGGUGAGAAAAAGGGACAAGGAGAAUGCUGAAUGUGGAGAUGUUCCCGGGUCUGACUGUGGGACCUCAACGGAUGGGAGACUGCUACUACAGAGACAGAGAAGCUCCUGCACGUUUACCUCCAUUUCCUCCUGUUUGCGACGCGGCGCCGAGGCUUCUGGGCGCCAGGGAGUCGUCCUCCAAACGCCAAAAAGACGAUGUGAAGAUGGAGUUGGAGAACUCGUCGUUAUGGAAGCAGUUCAGCUCCGUGGGAACUGAGAUGAUCAUCACCAAGAAGGGCAGGCGGUUGUUUCCGGGCCUGAGACUAAAACUGUCCGGUUUGAAUCCGUCUCUCCGCUACAUCCUCCUGCUGGACGUCGUCCCGGCAGAUAACUCCCGCUACCGCUUCCAAGGCGGCGGCUGGCAGGCCGUCGGCGGGGCAGAGGCCAGGCUGCCCGACCGGGUCUUCAUCCACCCGGACUCGCCCGCCACCGGUGCCCACUGGCAGAGCCGCACCAUCUCCUUUCAUUACGCCAAGCUCACCAACAACACCCUGGACGCACAGGGACAUAUAAUCCUGCACUCGCUGCAUCGCUACCAGCCCAGAGUCCAUGUGGUCGAAGCCAGAGACAUGUUACGGUGGUGCGGAGGACAGCACUGCUUCGUUUUCCCCGAGACCCAGUUUAUCACAGUCACAGCUUACCAGAACAACAAGAUCACAGAGCUGAAGAUCAACUCCAACCCUUUUGCUAAAGGUUUUCGAGAGGAUGGCAUGAACAGCAAAAAGCAAAGAGACGCAAGACAGAAACGCAAGAUGGUCGCUCUAACGGAGACUCUGGAUAUUGUGAACUGUGAUCCCUGUGAAGCCGUUGAAGCUGCUGAACCCGCACCCUCCAGCUCGGACCUGCAGGCUCUGGCGCUCGCCUCUCUCCCUCCGCUGCCCGACUCUUCCUGUGGGUUCAGACCCGAGGAAGCGUCCUAUCCCGUCCCAGAGCCUGCACUGGACCUCACCCAGACCUUCAUGACCUCCCAGAUGUCAGAUAUCAGCGUCACGAUGCAGGAAACGCAGGAAAACGUAGCAGCACACAAUAUGAUUGAAAACUCAGACGUUAUGGCUGAAGCAAACUUUGACCCUAGCUUCUCUGCUCCUCCAUCCCAUCCUCACCCAUCCUUCCCUCCGGUGGAUUACCCUUCCAGCUCCUUCAGUUUCCCCACACCUCCACCUUCAGACACCUCUUCCUCCCCCGCUAAUAGCGCCUUCAUCCCGGAAACAAUCAGCCCCCACACUCCAGCUGAUUUCACCUGUCCGUCAAACCCACAAACAUCUCCUCCCUCUCAGGUGCGGCAGGGGGAACCGGAUGCUAAUGCAAGUAAUGGACGUUUAGCUCACACUUCGGCGGCUUUUACUUAUCCAAAUAUCCUCCCUAUGAAUGCAGAACCUGAAUAUUCUUUAGCUACUUUACCUGCCAAUGGUUCCUGCAGCACUUUUGCGUUGCCGUCGCUUCCCCAGCAAAUUCAAACUCUGUCAUUUCCAAACGUAACUCCGAGCGCCGCUUUGAAUUUCCCCAACUUGACCCACCAAGCUCAGUUCGCGACUGCCCCCUAUCGCCCGGAGGUGGUACUGCACCGACAGGCUUUUAUUCCUCAGCCGAGCUCCACGCCUGCGCCAGCUCUGUACCCUGCCUUCCCAUCAUACCCUCUCCACCUGCAUCAGGACCCCCACUCCGCUCUCUCUGCACCCUUCAGGCAUCUUUACAGACAGCACCAGCAGAGCCACCCUGGCUCCCAGGGGUCCUACAUCAGCACAAGAGCAGUGUUUUAGAACAGUGGUUGGUUUCAAGGCGCUUUCAGGGAAUUUAGUAAUUUAUAGACUAGAAGCAGUCGUGAACUAUGUAUGAGAGCCAAACUGUUCAGCUGAUUGAUAUUGGUGAUAAUAAUGAUGAUUUGUAUAUAUUUAGAAGUACAGCUUGGUAUGAUGGUGUAUUAGAGCCAUUGUAGACAGAAAAAAUGAAUACAUUUCAGACAUUUUCCAGAAAAAACAAGAACAUUUCUGAGUUUGAAAAGUCAAACUUUUGCAAGAAACAAUUCAGAAAUUUUGAGGUUAGCCUCAGAAAUUCUUUUUAGGAAAAAACUAGUAAAUCUCUGAGUUUCAAAAGUAAAAAAGAUCCAGACUUUUUCUAUAAA